GUAUAUUAAUAACCAGCCCAUCCAGCUAUGACCAACCAGAUCCCAGAAGCCAUCAGGAAAAUCCCUGGUUCCUCUUCUGAUGUCAUCACUUCCUGUUGCCUAGCGCCACCACACACUCCCUCCUCCCCCCUCCCCCUUCUGUUCUCCAUCCCUCACUGUACAUGCCACACAAUCAAUAGUCCCAACCAGAGAACCAACUCAACCAUGUUACCCUCUGGGAAAGGGAGGGGAAAGAGAUGGCAUAAGAGACAGAGACAGAGAGGAACAGAGAACACAGACACACACAGACAGACAGGCAGGCCUCGUUCCCUCCCCAGCAGAGAAAGAUGAGCUCUCAGACAGGCACAGACCCGGCCGCGGCCCCCUCGUCCGGCUCAGCCAUGGAGCUACGCUUUGCAAAGGACACUUCCCUCACUGAGGUAAUGCAGCUGCGUGUCCAGUCCCUGCAGCGGAGCGGUCAGAAGCGACAGGACGGGGAGCGGUUGCUCCUCCCCCACGAGGCUGUUUACCGUCUGGACUUCUCCAAUCAGAAGCUGACGUUCGUCCACUGGUCGGUGUCUCUGAUUGGUCAUGGCAGAGUGACCAUCACAGGGAUCUCCCAGCUCUGGACCCCUGACCUCACACACCUGAUGACCCGGCAGCUUCUUGAACCCGUCGGAACAUUCUGGCGGAACGCUGGUGACCCGGAGGACACGCCCCUCAAGUGUCUGGAGGCGGACAUCCAGGAGUUUGGGGAGCGAAUCGCGGAGCUGGCAAAGGUCCGCAAGGUCAUGUACUUCCUGCUUGCCUUCAAGGAAGGGGCGGAGGCUGACAAGGUCAGCAUCUCCAUGGAGUUCAAUCAGGCCUGACCUACAAACCUUAAAGGGAUACUUCUGGAUUUUGGCAAUGAGGCCCUCUGGAUACCAAAGUGUGUACUUUUCUGUGUCCAGUAUGAAGGAAGACAGAGGUAGUUUUGCGAGCCAAUGCUAACUAGCUUUCGGGCAAUGACUGGAAGUCUAUGGGUAACGCUAGUUAGCACUGGCUCGUUUUAUUUAUUAUUUUUAUUUAUCUUCCUUCAUACUGAACACAGAGACAUAACAAUUGUAACCACAAGUUCAUCCAACUCUGGGGAAGUAGAUAAAGGACCUCAUUCCCAAAACCCCGAAGUAUCCCUUUAACCGCUUCCUCUUCUCUCUACUCCUCUAGUCUCCCUCUCUCCAUUCUAAGAGAAUGCCUUCUACUACAGCCAGUCUAGGUUGGACCAGUCUACACUCCUAUCCUUCUCUUUACGCCCCCCGCCCACACACACUGAGUCCCAUCUCUCAUCUGUGUGUGCGUGUGUGUGUACUUCCUUCCUGAGUAUCUAUCUAGCUAUCUAUCUAUGCAUGUCAGUCAACAAGCGGCUAGAAACCAUGUUUUGAAGGUAAAGUAGUUACACAGUAGGCUGCAGAUUCAAACUAUAGAUACAGGUAACUGCCAAAAUAAAGGAAACACCAACAUAAAGGUCUUAAUAGGGCGUUGGGUCACCACGAGCUGCCACAACAGUUUCAGUGCACCUUGACAUAGAUUCUCCAAGUGUCUGGUACUAUAUUGGAGGGAUGCGACACCAUUCUUCCAUUAGAAAUUCCAAGAUAGGUUUUGUUGAUGGUGGUGGAAAACGCUGUCUCAGCCACUCCAGAAUUUAUACAUGACUAAGUAUGAUCUUAAUUGCUUAAUUAACUCAGCAAUCACACCUGUGUGGAAGCAGCUGCUCUCAAUAUACUUUGUAUCCCUUACUACCCACUAUUUUAUUUUGGCAGUUAGCUGUACAUUUAUAUUGAAAACCUGAAUGAUAUCAAUAGCUUGUUCUGAUCCUUCUUUAUAGGGUAUAUUAGAGAACCAAUGCUGCAAUGUAACUUCUACCAUAUUCACUUUGCAUGAAAUAUCACAACAAUAUACUCUAAACUGGCCAUGUCAUCUACUGCUGUCCAAUAAAGA